AUGCCGUUGUGGACCAACCGGCAGGAUGAACACGGUCCGUUCGACAUUAUCGGCGAUGUGCACGGGUGCUUCGACGAGCUGGUACUACUCCUGGAACGCCUGGGCUACGCGCUGGCCGACCGGGCGGUGAUCCACCCGGAAGGGCGGAAGGCCGUUUUUGUCGGCGACCUGGUAGACCGGGGCCCGGGCGUCACCAAGGUGCUGAAACUUGUGAUGAGCAUGGUGGAAGAUGGCGCGGCGCUGUGCGUGGCGGGUAACCAUGAGUCCAAGCUGGUUCGUAAGCUAAAGGGCAGGAACGUUCAGGUAUCGCACGGGCUGGCGGAAUCACUGGAGCAGCUGGAGAACGAGUCCCCAUCAUUCCGUGAGGGGGCGGCCAGGUUCCUGGACGGACUGAUCAGCCACUAUGUGCUGGACGAUGGCGAGCUGGUGGUGGCUCACGCCGGCAUGAAGGUGGAAUACCAGGGCCGGGCGUCGGCGCGGGUUCGGGAUUUUUGCCUGUACGGCGAGACCACGGGGGAGACAGACGAGUGGGGUCUGCCGGUUCGUGGCAACUGGGCGGCCGAUUAUCGUGGCCGGGCGAUGGUGGUCUACGGGCACACCCCGGUCGCGGAACCCGCGUGGCUCAACCGUACCAUCAACAUCGAUACGGGGUGCGUGUUCGGCGGCAAUCUGACCGCCCUCCGGUAUCCGGAACAGGAGCUGGUUUCGGUUCCGGCGGGGCGUGUUUACUACGAACCGGUGAAACCGCUGUCCGAACCCGAUCACGCCGAAGGGACACCGGCCAGCGCUGAAGAUAGGGGGGCCAACCUCCUCGACAUUGACGACGUGAUCGGAAAACGGAUCGUAGCGACGCGGUUGCGGGGCAACAUAACGGUGCGGGAAGAGAACGCGGCGGCAGCCCUGGAGGUGAUGAGCCGUUUCGCGCUGGACCCGCGUUGGUUGGUGUACCUGCCGCCCACGAUAUCGCCGGGCGAUACCUCCAGACUCCCCGACUUGCUUGAGCACCCGGCUGAGGUAUUCACUUAUUACCGCAACAACGGCGUGUCUCGCGUGGUCUGCGAAGAGAAACACAUGGGAUCCCGAGCAAUCGUCGUGGUGGGGCAGGACGCCGAAGUCAUAGAGCGGCGGUUCGGCAUCACCGGCGAAGGCAUUGGAACCUGCUACACCCGUACGGGGCGAAGGUUUUUUGAAGACCGCAAUCUUGAGUCGCAAUUGCUGGAACGGGUCCGGUCGGCGUUGACUGCGGCCGGGCUCUGGGAAGAACUGAGCACCGAUUGGGCGGUGCUGGAUUGCGAGCUCAUGCCCUGGUCGGUAAAGGCGCAGGAGCUGCUGCGGGCGCAAUACGCGGCGGUUGGCGCGGCGGCCCGGGCGAGUCUCGCGUCGGCGAAAUCGCUGCUCAAACAGACGGCGAACCGUGGCGUCGGCGUCGGCGCGGCCCUGCCUGGCAUCGAAGAGCGGCUGCACCUCGCCGAACUCUACAGCGACGCCUACGCCCGGUAUUGCUGGCCCGUAACAUCCUUGGCCGACAUCCAGCUGGCGCCGUUCCAUCUGCUGGCGAGCGAAGGGCACGCGCAUACGGAUAAGGACCAUCUGUGGCACAUGAACGUAGCCGCACGAUUGAGUCAGGCCGAUCCGGCGUUGUUCAAAGAAACCCAGCAUCACGUCGUCGACCUGACCGCAUCGGAUGAGACUGACGCGACACACUGGUGGGAGGAACUGACCGGCAAGGGCGGGGAAGGCAUGGUGGUGAAGCCGCUGGAUUUUAUUGCCACCGGCCAGCGGGGCCUGGUGCAGCCGGCCAUGAAGUGCCGGGGCGCCGAGUACCUGCGGAUCAUAUAUGGCCCGGAGUACUCCAUGCCGGAUAACAUCGGACGGCUGCGGAAUCGGGGUGUCUCCGCCAAGCGGUCCCUGGCCGUUAGGGAGUUUGCGCUGGGAGUGGAGGGUCUCCAUCGUUUCGUUGAGGGAGAGCCUCUUUACCGGGUGCAUGAGUGUACCUUCGCGGUACUGGCGCUGGAGAGUGAGCCGGUCGAUCCGAGGGUUAUGAGGGAAGGGGUUAGAACCGCCGGCGCGACCACGAUUAGCCGGAUUAAACAUUCGGCACCGGGGCGAAAUCCGCCACGACGAAGUUAG